AUGGCAAAGCCGUUGGAGAUCGAGCCCAAUCGCGAAAAACGUAUGCUCGCAGAUGGCUCCACUGCGUAUACAAUGGGCGUCGCAGAUGCACACUUCAGGCCCAUGGCAGGGCUUCAGGACAGCCAAAUUAUGGACGACUUUGAGCUGUUCAAAGACACGUCAUGCCGGCUCAUCCCCUGUGCGACGGACAAAGACCCCGAGCAUCGCCACAGUCAUUCACGGGGGAAGCUGACAGGGCGCCGACGCAACGCAGCUGAGGAGCGCAAAGCUUUCAAAGGAGAAGCCCAGAGAAAGGAGAACUGCAAACUCAGACAGCGCAUAGCCGUUCCUGUGCAUGGAUGCGACAGACAUAGGACUUGGGUGUCCAAGGACACGACGAGGGAUUCCUUGUCAGAUGCAGAAGUACACGAGGAAAAGGACAAGCUGCAGCUGUACCGGGGACAGAUUGAAUUGCUCGGCCAGGCUCUUGCGGAGAUGGCGGUCGUCGGGCUUAGGGACCGAGAGUGUGGAGUUCUUUAGGAUUCAGUGCACCUAGAGGAUAUCGACUGGGGCACUGUGUGCGAUCAACUUCAAGGGUACCAUUAGACUGCCUCGACAGGAUUUCUCUCACAUUUCCCUUCCCUUCCCUUCCCUUCUGUGCCUGCCCU